AUGGAGGAAGAGAAGCGAGCCGCGCUCCUACGGGAUUCGCAGCGACGAGCGUCCGCGAUUCGCGCAGUCGCAGUUGCGACUCUUGCCGUGACAACAUGCAUGAUUACGCUUCCGGUCGUAUUCACUCGCUUGCAGGAGGUUGACACCAAUGUUCGAAGCGAGUUGGAGGAGUGCAUGUUGGCAUCGCGUAAUCUUCUACGUCAAGUAAUCUCUGUCAAGCCAGACGCCCAGAUUAGAACCACCGCUAGCCAUGCUGUGCGCGAGAAGAGACAGGCAUCUGGCUGUUGUACCUGCAACCGCGGACCACCUGGUCCACCUGGUCCUUCAGGAGUUGAUGGUACUGAUGGAGUUGAUGGAAUGACGGGAGAACUCGGCGCUCCAGGCCCUAUGGCAGUCGAACCACCAAACUACCGUAUGUCCCAAGUCAGACAAUGCCCUUGCGAAUCACCGGGAGGUCCCCCUGGAAUACCCGGACCCCGAGGACCGCCUGGACUACCUGGAGAAGGAGGAGCACCUGGAUCACCUGGAGCCCCAGGUACACCAGGAGAAAAUGGUCAACCCGGUCGACCUGGGCCACCAGGACAAAAUGGAGAACCUGGACCACGAGGACCUGAUGGAGUUGUUCGCCCCGGAGGUGGAGGAAAUCCUGGACCAACUGGACCACCAGGAGACAGAGGAAUGGACGGACCAAAAGGACCACCUGGCCUACCUGGAGAACCUGGCGCACCCGGAGAACCCGGAAUACCAGGAGCACCAGGAAGACCUGGACAAAUGGGACAACCUGGAAGAGAAGGAGCACCAGGAGAAGUUGGAGGACAAGGUGCUCGUGGAUCUUGCGAUCACUGCCCACCUCCAAGAACCGCUCCUGGAUAUUACCUCUAAACUGGAUCGAAACUGGAAUAAAUGC